GCGUUACUAUUUUUUUGGAUCGCUCUUGUUUUAAGAACAUUUUUAUAUAUAUAUCUUUGAAAAUAUAUAUAUAUAUAUAUAUAUAGAAAUAUAUUCAUAUAUAGACGUAUUCGCUGAGAGCUGAAAUUCGCGGCGAAAUAAUUUUAGCAACUUGUUAUCCGUCCAUGCCAUGCGCGAUAAAAUAUCACAACUAUUUUGCUUGCAAAAGAACGCAUGCAAAAAUAAUUCAACAGAUAAUAACAGAGGACAUAAUGUGCCAACAAAAGCAACGACCAACGGGACCAUGUGCGCCAAUGGGUCUCUUGGGACAGAAGGGCCCGAAGCGCCAGAGACCGACUCAUCAGGGACCGGGCGGAUGCGGAAGCCGCUGGAGAGGAAUGGCUCAACGCAGAACCACGUUGUUCACCUCGAGAGAAGGCUGGGCCUCUUCAGUGGGGUGGCUUUAAUUGUUGGAACUAUGAUAGGGUCUGGAAUUUUUGUGUCACCCUCCGGUUUACUGGUUCGCACUGGUUCCGUUGGAGUUAGCUUUAUAAUCUGGCUUGCCUGUGGCGUGCUCUCUCUGCUGGGCGCUCUGGCAUAUGCUGAACUUGGCACGAUGAACACAUCGUCGGGGGCGGAAUGGGCCUACUUUAUGGAUGCCUAUGGACCGGCGCCGGCGUUUCUGUUCUCAUGGGUAUCGACUUUGGUGUUGAAGCCAUCUCAAAUGGCUAUAAUAUGCUUAUCAUUUGCACAGUACGCCGUUGAGGCCUUUGUGACGGAAUGCGAUCCGCCCAGGGGCGUGGUCAAGAUGGUCGCCCUGGUGGCAAUUGUGAUGAUUCUGUUUGUGAACUGCUACAGCGUCAACCUGGGUAUGGCCGUGCAGAACGUUUUCACCGCCGCCAAACUGGUGGCUGUGGUGGUCGUGAUCUGCGGCGGAGCCUGGAAACUAAUGCAGGGCAACACGCAGCACCUGUCGAAUGCAUUUAAUGGCCCAAUGCCGAAUGUGGGCGCCAUCGCUACGGCCUUUUACACAGGCCUAUGGGCAUACGAUGGCUGGAAUAACCUGAACUAUGUCACCGAAGAGAUCAAGAAUCCCAGCAAAAAUCUGCCACGUUCUAUCAUCAUCGGUAUACCGCUGGUCACGCUCUGCUAUGCUCUGAUCAACAUCUCCUAUCUGGCGGCCAUGUCGCCACAGGAGAUGAUCGAAUCGGAGGCAGUGGCCGUCACCUUUGGCAAUCGCAUCUUGGGAGCGUUGGCCUGGCUGAUGCCACUCAGCGUCACCAUCAGCACGUUUGGAAGUGCCAAUGGCACGCUCUUUGCAGCUGGACGACUUUGCUUUGCGGCCAGUCGAGAGGGUCACCUGCUGGACAUCCUCUCCUAUGUCCAUGUGCGUCGUCUUACACCCGCCCCGGGGCUGAUAUUCCACUCGCUGAUUGCCUCGGCAAUGGUGCUCCAUGGCACGAUUGAUUCGCUGAUUGAUUUCUUCAGCUUCACCGCCUGGAUAUUCUACGGCGGAGCGAUGCUGGCCCUGAUCGUGAUGCGCUAUACCAAGCCCAACUACCCCCGGCCCUACAAAGUGCCGAUCAUCAUUCCCGUUGUGGUCUUGGUCAUCUCCGUGUAUCUCGUGGCGGCACCCAUAUUCGAGACACCGCGCGUUGAGUAUCUCUAUGCCCUGCUCUUCAUCUUUGCGGGCCUGAUCUUCUACGUGCCGUUCGUUAAGCUCGGAAUGACACCGAGAUUUAUGAACAAGGUGACACUCUUCUUCCAGCUGCUGUUGGAGGUGGUGCCCACCUCAUCGAUGGCCAUGUUCGAGUAAUGAAGACCCCCCAGAAAGUGCUCAAGUUAUAGUUUGGGGGGUCAACGUGGAAAACUCGAAGAACUCGGAAGAGAAGCAAAUACAUUCACUUAAUUAACUAUACAAACGAGGAGGAUAUAUAGACAGGAUACAAAAUGGUUGAGUUACUGAUAUAUAGGCCAAGUUAAGAGAUCGAAAUGGAAGUGUUAGGGACAGCAACCUAUAUUGAUAUACUGACGUUGUCGUUGACAAAGUAGUGCUAGAGAUAAACUAGAAAAACUAUUUGAAAUAGUCUUUUUAUGCUAUGAGCUGGUUAUAUUCAAAGAUUAUAUAUGGAUAUAUAUACAGAUAUUUAGUGUCGCGAUACAUCAUGUGUAUCCUUAUGUAGCGCGCAUAGGCCAAGUUGCAUAGUUGAUGUGUACGUACGUUUAUACAAACAACAAAAACCAAAACAAAAGCAAAAACAAAUCUAUAUAUACAUAUAUUUUUGUGUUCUAUUAAUUAAAAGAUCAAGACAAAUGACAGAAACCAAAAGAAGAAACACAAACACACACUUGAACAGUCGAGAAAUAUCUUUGCCAAGCGGUUAGAAGUGCAGCAGCCCAUCCCCCGCCCUAUAUAAAUACCACGUAUUAUAUCUAGGGACUGAUCAUUAUGAUGCAUGAUCAUGAUGGGCUGAGGUUUGAGUACAGUGCCGCCAGGAAUCGAAAGACACCACCAAAACCGUACAGUACCCACCUACCAACAACACUCGCCGCAGGGCUUUCAGGUUUUAUCCUUGUUUGGUUUCUAAUUUACAUUUUUCCGUUGGCGUUUAACAUUAUAUACGAGUUUAACGAUCUAGAGAUCGGCUGGAAUAGCAAUAUUUAUAUAUAUUAUAUAUGUAUAUGUGUGUGAGAUGGAGAUGGAGAUGGAGAGCGAGGAUAAUGAUAAUAAUGCAAAAAUGAAAACAACAACAAACAAGGACAAAAAGCUUAAAAACAAACAUCCCAAACUGAAUGUUUCUAACUUAGUGCGACAAAUGCGCCACCUGGCGGUCGGGGGAUCGCGUGUGAAAUUCGUAGGACUGCAAAAAUAGGCAUUAAAGAUUUGUAAUUGAUACCAAAAAAAAAAAAAAAAUAAAAAAAAAAUAUAAGGUAAAGAAAACAAACACUGAGCAAAAAGAAAAUGCAAACAAAAAAAUAGAAAAAACGUAAAGAAAAGAAAAGAAAAGAAAGGAAAGCAAACGUAAAUACUAUACUAUUAUGGAUAAACUUGUUAAAUACAUAUUUUUUUGUGACUUGCUGUCUGCCUUGACAAAUCGUUGCAACCAAAAAACAGAAACUACAACUAGAUUUAGAGAGAGACGGUUAUACACUUCUAUAAUUAUUAUUAUUAGAAUAUCCUAAAUAUUUUUUUCUCGGAUUUUUUUUUGUAAUGUUUUUCGAUUUUCGGUAAAGUGUACUCGACGUCGUUGUCGUACACGAGUUAGAAAAAGACAGCAGAUGCAGUUGCCGUCUCGCUCGCGCAGAGCUGCAAACAAAAUACAAGAAUUUACAAAAUAUUUCUCCUUUUUUUGUUUUACUAAAAUAUAUAUCUCUGUUUUUUUUUUAAUAAAUUUCUUGCUAUAUGUCUGAACCGAUAUACAAAAUGGAAAAGAAAAACAUUUAUAUCUUUACCUAUUUAUAGGAAGAAAAAAUAGAAACUACAGAACACACAUAAAUAUAUAUAUUUAUAUAAUUUGUUAAGUUUAUAAAUUUUAUAAUUUUAUUACCAACUAUUUACAAUGAGCUAAAAACGGUAACCAGAACAAAUCGAAAAUCUCUAUCUAUACAUGUACCUACCACCUAGUAAGCAAAAGAAUUGUAUUAUGUAAACCAGAAAUUGACGAAAUAAAAAUAAAGUUUUUGAAACACAA